UCAAUUCAAUGCAUAUACGGCUCAUAAUAAAAUAUUAGGCCAAAUUUGGCAGAGGGAGAAGAAGAACAUAACUCAUCAUCAAGAAACAGCAAUGGCAAGGGUAGAAUUGGUGUUCAUCCCAGCUCCAGCAAUAGGACACCUGGUUUCAACCCUUGAAUUCGCUAAGCGCUUGAUCCACUAUGAUCAUCGACUUUUCAUCACAGUCCUCUGCGAGUUUUCCUUGAAGUCCCAUCUCGAUGCAUAUAUUGAUUCUCUUGUGGCCUCACUUUCUUUAGCUCACCGAAUCAAACUCGUUCAUCUCCCUCUGGUUGACUCACCUCCCGUGGAGCUACUCAAGUCCAUAGAAAACUUUAUCUAUCAAUACAUGGAGAGUCUUGUUCCUCAUGUCAGAAAAGCACUCACAGAUAUUGUGUCAUCUAACUCCAAUUACUCUCAAGGUGAUGUUGUAUUGGUUCUUGAUUUCUUCUCUAUGCCUAUGAUGGAUGUGGCCAAUGAGCUCGGCCUCCCUUCUUAUAUGUUCAUGACUUCCAACUUGGGAUUACUUAGUCUCAUGUUCUACCUUGCAACUCGCCAUAACCAGAUCAGCUCUGAGUUGGAAGAAUCAGAUGCUCCGUUAAGAUUGCAGGGUUUUCAGAAUCCUGUUCCUUCAAGCGUUCUUCCCACGGCUGCAUUUUGCAAAGAUGGUGGCUAUUCUGCUUAUGUUAAGCUUGCUCAAAGGUUUAGGGAGACAAAAGGGAUUAUAGUAAAUUCGAUUGAGGAAUUGGAGUCUUAUAGUUUUAGCUCGAUGAAUGAUGGGGCAGAAACACCUCCAAUCUACAUGGUUGGACCAGUACUCGACCUCAACGGUCAGCCUCACCCAAGUAUGGAUCAAGUUCAGAAUGAUAAAAUCUUGAAAUGGCUUGAUGAGCAACCUCACUCUUCUGUAGUGUUUCUCUGUUUUGGGAGUAUGGGAAAAUUUGGUGCUUCCCAAUUGAGAGAGAUAGCAUCUGGACUCCAACGCAGUGGACAUAGAUUCUUGUGGUCUGUACGAGUUCAACAACCAACAACCAUAGACGAAAUCUUGCCAGAAGGAUUCUUAGAACAGAUUGGAAGUAAGGGGAUGAUAUGCAACGAGUGGGCGCCUCAGGUGAAAAUCUUGGCUCACAGUGCUGUGGGCGGCUUUCUGUCUCACUGUGGCUGGAAUUCCAUACUGGAGAGCUUGUGGUAUGGGGUACCAGUUGCCACAUGGCCUAUUUAUGCAGAGCAACAACUGAACGCGUUUAGGAUGGUGAGGGAGUUCGGCUUAGCUGUUGAUUUAAGAUUGGAUUACAAGGAUCGUGGAGAUGAUCAUAUUGUCUCGGCGGAAGAGAUUGAAACUGCAGUAAAACAUCUUAUGGAGGGUGAUAGUGAGGUACGGAAGAAGGUCAAAGAGAUGAGUGAAACAGCCAGAAAAUCUGUUGAGGAAGGUGGAUCCUCAUUUACUGCUAUUGGAAAACUGAUCAAUAGUAUCAUUGGAAGCAACUACUAUUAGUCUAUUCUAAUUUUAUUCUAAGGUCAGGUUUGUUGUUGUCAAAGUGAAAUGGGAAUAAAGUAAUUUCUUAUUCAGAAAUAAAACAUUUGCAUUUGCUUUUGUAUUGCA